AACACCGAGGACACGAUCAGCUUGUAAACAACUGUGCAAGAAAGGUGCGGCAGUCAGCUAGACAACUUCCCCAGCGUCGAUCGAGGACAGUACUGUUUUAAAAAACCCCAAAACAAACAUCGCUCACCUGUCCGGCAGACAGGCCGUCUCAAUGCAUUGCAGAGGACCGAAAACACCGCGGGGAUCAUGGAUGUGUACGACUUGUUUAGUAGUUGCAGGAAGGGCGACAUCUGUAGAGUCAGAUACCUUGUUGAACAAAGAGAUGUGGACCUCAAUGUAAGAGACAAAUGGGACAGCACUCCUCUGUAUUACGCGUGUCUCUGUGGUCAUGAAGAGCUGGUCGAGUACCUGUUGGCUAGUGGUGCCAAGUGUGAAGCCAACACGUUCGACGGCGAGAGAUGCAUGUACGGCUCUCUAAGCGACUCUGUACGGCGUCUGAUCAAAGACUAUAAGUGUGUCAGUGUCCGUGCCAUGCAGCGGAAUGAUUUUAACUACUUUCUGCACAUGUUACUGGAGCAGGGUCAACACAGCGAUGUCAAGUUCUUGGUCCAUGGACAAAUAUUUACAGCCCACCGAUGUGUUCUCAGCGCACGCUCGGAUUACUUCACUGAUAUGUUUCAGACCAAAUGGGAGGGGAAGAACCUGAUCACCCUCAAACACCCUCUGGUCAACCCUGCAGCCUUUGGAGCCAUCCUGCAAUAUUUCUACACAGGACGAAUGGAUAUUGAUAUAAGCCUUUUGGAUGACUCCAGACGACUUGCUAAACAGUGCAAGAUGGCGGAUCUCAUAGAAGAGCUGGAGAAUAAAUGCAAACAGUUGUAUGAAUUUGUUUCGAACAAACCCAUCUGCGUGAAGGUUCUCAGCCUGGAGCCUCGCAGCUGUCAACUUCAGGAGGACAUGGCUCAGUUAGCAAAGUCUGCACUUCCCACUGGACGAAGAGCUGGAUUUGACGAACUUCCCUUUAACAAAUUAGAAAACUUCCAAAGUUACCCUGACAUCUGCUUCAUAGUCGAUGGUUACAAUUUCUUGUGUCAUAAGGCGUUUUUCUGCGGACGCAGUGAUUAUUUCAAAGCCUUACUGGAGGACCACUUCAGUGAAGGAGGGCGGCUGCAGUCCCAACCCAGCACCCCAGUGAUUACUUUACACAACAUUUCCCAUGAAAUAUUUAUCCACGUCAUGUAUUACAUCUACACAGACGACACAGAGUUAACAACAGAGAACGCGUUUGACGUACUAUGCGUGGCUGACAUGUAUCUGCUGCCAGGGCUGAAGAGCCUCUGUGGGAAGACGCUCGCUAAGACUAUAUGUGAGGACAACGUUCUGUACAUGUGGAAGACUGCAAAGCUUUUCCGUCUGUCUCGGCUGGAAGAUCACUGCACAGAGUUCAUGGCCAGGAUCAUUGAACGGCUGGUGGAGCAGGACGAGUUUGCCGAGAUCAUCCGAGAGGACGCAGAGUCGCUGGAGGAGAGACACGAAAAUGACUCCGUCCCCCUGGUGGACGACAUCCGUUAUCACAUCACCAACAAUGUGCAGACAUACAGUGACAUUGAGGAGGCCAACCAGAAACUGGAGGCCUUGGAGGAGCUGCUCUUGAGCAUUAAUAUUGACUGCUGAGCGGUCAGCAGGUUGUAGCAGGUCUGCGGCUCAAGCUGCUGCAGAGCUUGAUUUUUUUAAGGGGACAUCUAUAGUGAGAAAAACAUAUGCAUCUAUAUGUUUAGGUUUCUUUUAUUUACAGUGUAUUAUACAGAAUAUAUAUUUUCAAAGGAAGCUCUGAUGUUACAGGAUUAUAUUCAAAGCAGGCUUAUGAUGGCUGACUAGCCAGACGUGAGAAAGGAAUUUGGUGUAAAGGUUUUUUGGGGGAAAUGUGGGUGAUAUAUUUACAACAGAAUAUAAUCUUUGCAUUGUGCAUGCAUGAAUUUAUUUGCUUCGAUUGGGAAAAUCUGUGAAAUCGUAUUUCUAUGCUUAAAGAAAGCCGAAGACUCGCAUUCGAUAACCGAGGACAGCGCAGUAUAUGUUCACUUUAUUCACCCAGAAAAUAUUUUUCACAUCAAACUCUUGAUUUGAAGUUACCUCUAGUAUAGUUUUAUGAUUUAUGUCAUGUGCUGAAGCAACUUUUAUUUGGGUUUAGCAGCAAAACUUAGCCUCACUGUUCGACCUGUUACAUUUCUCUUAGACUUAUCGCCCUCUAACACAUUUCUGCCAUUUGUUUGAACGUAAAAUGGACAAAUCUUAUUUCCUGCUGCCGUAUAUGGCAGCAAACCUCUCUUGCCUAGUGUGUGUGCAGAAGGACAUAAAUGACAUACAGCUCUUAGAAAAACUGUUUGCAUGUAAAACCCACCAUUGACACAGGAGAAAUGUAUUUGUUUUUAUUUAUUUAGAAAUAUUAUUUCUCCCUGCUCUUGGUUUUGGCAAAUAAACGUGGUAUUGCAAGCA